AUCACAAUUUCUCUACCACGUUCUCUUCAUCCCAAUUCAUUGAUGCAAAAUGAGAGUCUUUUCGCGACUGCUAGCUACAGCGACAGAUGCGGGUGCAUCGAGACCGUUCAAACCGGCACCCGCUGCUUUGUUGCCGCCAAUACCACUCUAUCGACGUUUGCUCCGCUCACAUCGGAAGAGGCUGGGUGUAGAGGAGCGUUUACUUGGCGACAUGUAUGUGAAGGCUGAGUUCAGAGCGCAUAGAGACGUAGAAAACCCCGUGCAGAUUAUUGGAUUUCUGUCAGAAUGGCAAACCUACUGUCAAAUGCUUGAGGGUGACUCCUGGAAAGAGGCUAAGAUGGACAAGGCGAAGAUUGAUAAAAUGAGCGAUCAACAGAUCGGGCAACUAUACGAGCUCAUGCAGCAGAUCAAAACCCAAGCGAAGGAAGAUGCUGAUGCCGAGGAAGCGCGUGUGGUCGACUUGCUUGACAAGAAGCCACCGACAGAAAAGUGAUGGCAGCAUACGUGAAUCACGACAGUCAGUCAACUUCAUUCGAGCGCAAACAUGGCCAGGCUUCACACUUGACGAUGAAUGUGAAGCCACGACAAACCUGGAUACUUCACAUGCUGCACAAAGAUUUACUAUAUACAUCAGCAAUGCCACAUUGUCUCCUUCUUCCGCCACCUCAGC